AUGGUCCGUAUUCUCAUCACCGGCUCCGCCGAUGGCCUAGGACUCGAGGCCGCACGCCAACUAGUGAAGCGCGGCCACACCGUCUACCUGCACGGCCGCAACGAGAAACGCGCAGCUGAUGCAAGAGUCGCCUGUCCCGGCGCUGCUGGAGUGCUGAUCGCCGAUUUCACCGAUGUGGCUGAGACUCGCCGGCUUGCCGAGGAAGCCAACGCGAUCGGCCAAUUUGAUGCCGUUAUUCUCAACGCCGGCAUGCUGUCCGGGCCGUUCCGCAAGACGAAACCCGGUAUUCCGGCCAUGGUGUUUGUCAACGUCGUGGCCCCGUAUAUCCUGACCUGCUUGUUGCAGCGUCCCAAGCGGCUGAUAUACAUCUCGUCGACGUUGCAUCGCCAGGCCGACACUAGCCUCGGGGAUAUCUUCUGGCUUAAGCGCGGCGAAGCAAGCUUCCGGGAUUUCGCGGCGUACUGCGACUCGAAGUUGCAUGUUCUGCUUCUUGCCAAUGCUGUGGCCAGAAGGUUUCCGGAUGCCUCUGUGGUCUCAGUUCAUCCGGGAUGGGUAGCCACCAAGCUCGGUGGCCAAGGUGCCACUGAUAAACUGGAGGAUGGGGUGGAAACUUAUGUGAUGUUGGCCGAGGGGGAUUACGACCAGCGACUGACGGGAAAGUACUUUGAGCCGAAGAGAAAGCUUGCACGUCCGUUGCCAGUAUCAGAAGACGUCAACUUGCAGGAGAAGGUGGUCAAGGCUUGCGAGGAUGUGACUGGUCUGAAACUUCUGGCUUAA